GGGGUGCAGGCGGGGACGCGGGGUGACGCGGCCCCGGGCCGUUGUACACUCAAGGGGCUCUCUCGGCUUCAGGAAGAGUCCGGCUGCACUGGGCUGGGAGCCCGGCGGGACACGGACUGGGAGGCUGGCAGCCCGCGGGCGAGCCGCGCUGGGGGGCCGAGGCCGGGGUCGGGGCCGGGGAGCCCCAAGAGCUGCCACAGCGGGGUCCCGGGGCCGCGGAAGGGCCAUGGCUGCCAGCGGCAUCACCUCGCUUCCCGCACUGCCGGAGGACGGCGGCGCCGCCUUCCCACCAGGCCACUUCAAGGACCCCAAGCGGCUCUACUGCAAGAACGGCGGCUUCUUCCUGCGCAUCCAUCCCGACGGCCGCGUGGAUGGCGUCCGCGAGAAGAGCGACCCACACGUCAAACUACAACUCCAAGCAGAAGAGAGAGGAGUUGUGUCUAUCAAGGGAGUGUGUGCCAACCGGUACCUUGCUAUGAAGGAAGAUGGACGGCUGCUGGCUUCUGUGAGUAGUGCUUUCUGGGAGUGCUCUGUGCAGAAGUGUGUUACAGAAGAGUGUUUCUUCUUUGAACGACUGGAAUCUAAUAACUACAAUACUUACCGGUCACGGAAAUACUCCAGUUGGUAUGUGGCACUGAAACGAACUGGGCAGUAUAAACUCGGAUCCAAAACGGGACCUGGACAGAAGGCCAUACUGUUUCUUCCAAUGUCUGCUAAGAGCUGACUCACUUUUGACACUGUCACUGAGACACUGUCACUGAAAAGAAGAGAAUGUAUACAGCCUUUUAUGUAAUAGUAAGACACUUAACCAUUACCUCAGUAGAGAAAAACAACAAUUUUUGGAAAAUAUUUAGACUUCCCCAUUUUAUAUAGCUUUGGUUGUGACCCAGUGAGGAUUAGAGCUACAAUCUUGUUCACAUAUUUCCUUUAUUGAAAAGAGGAUUUAAAAAUAUGUACAUUUAUGAAUUUCCACCAUGGACAUAACAUAUGUGAGAAAACUGGCGUCAGGUUGAAAUCUGGUAUUCAGUCUGCUCCCGUUGCGGCUUUGUAACUCUCCGGCAGCUCCCUGUGAUAGAGUUUGUAGAACAGGCCUGUGUACACUGCAGGGAGCUCCUCCAUGCUGAGGUCAAUUUUGUCAAACCCUUCCCUGAGUCCAUACAGCAGUAGCCUAGCCACCCUGCUGGUGAUGGGGGUCGUGUGUUUAGUCCGGGCCAGGUUUUCUAGAUCAAUCCAUUCACACUUCAAGCAUUCCUGCUGGCAGAAGUUGAUAGUGAAGGAACGAGGCUGCAGGCGGCAGACCAGGUACAUGUCUGACAUCCCGAAGGCCCCAGGGCUCCUGUGUUGCUGCCGGAUGCUCAACAGGGACCUGAAUUCUGACUUGACACCAGUCUCUUCAAAAACCUCUCGGACUGCUGUGUCUGCUAUGUGAGAGAGAGAGAGACACACACACACACACACACACAAACAUAAAGAUUUCAUCCUUAGAGACGCCGUCAAAGAUUUUCAGUUAAAAUCUGGAAGAUUAAAAGCAAAAAUUUGUCUUCAAACUGCUUUCUGGACAUUGUGAAAUGUACUUUGCAUCUAAGACACUGAGAGUCUUUCUGGAGGCUUAUGCACGUGUAUAUUGGAAGUCACAUCUUCUUAUCCUCUUCCUGUUCUGUUACCCAAAUGCAAGAACACGUUUGCAAACAAAGCUGAAGUUAAUAUGUUGAUAAAUCCUUCACUAUUGUCCCAUUUCAAGCUUCCAUCAAACUGCCGGAGUUUGUGGAUGUCUGAAUUGAAAGGACCCGUCCCUUGUUACAGAAGUCUGUAGUGCUGAACAUACUUGAGUGAGCUGUGAAAUGACUCUGACUUCUUUGGGAUCUCAAGCCCACUGCCCCUCCCCUCACUCAGGGCAAGGCCCUUUGCUCCUGCCCUGGCCGCCAAUGGACCCAAGCUUGAUAUAGAAACUGCAUUUCUUUGAAAUCAGAUUGUAUAGAACUUGGGACUCACUAACACCAAAAUGGAAUAGCUGUCUCAUCAGAUAUCUUUGUAAGGCUGGAAACACAUAACAAUUUUAUAAUACACCAAGGGUUUUCAUAUGUUAUAAAUAUUUUCAUUAAAUACAAGUUUCCAUGGCAGGACUUUUAUGUCCAUUAACAUACAUUUAUGUCCAGUUUUUCUAGACACAUACGAAGUCUGCACAAAUAGACUUCCCCAGUUCUGAUGCUCUAUAGCUGUCUGCCUUAGAUGCUUUUCUGGUAGUCUUCAGAAUUGCUGUUGAUUGUUUAAAUACCUUCUAAUGCCUCUCUGGAUGUUUGUUAGGCAGCAUAUACAUGUGUCUUGCCAGUAGUCCUACUGAUAACAUCCAUGCAAUGAAGAGCUAUUAGAAACACAUAGUUCCUGUGCACUCAAACCACACUGUCUUUCCUGCCCACUGGACACAUACCAGCCCCCAAGACAUGCUCUUGUUCCUAAGAAAGAGUUCUGGAAAGGAUCACAGGAAGAGUAAUUUGAUCUAAAACAUAAGACAUCUAGCUGCCAUUCUUUAACUAUAUGCUGACUUUCUCUGUGAAUGAGAUCUGUCCAUAGGUUAGGCAUGGCCAGAAAUUACAUUCUAAAACUGCAAGCACCAAGACCAGGUACAUAGCUCAGCAUGUAUACUACCUGUCUCACAUGUGUGGGGUGCUUAGUACAGUUCCCAGGACCAACCACACAAUGGGGGAGGGAAUGGAGGCAUCAAAGAACAGUCUAGGCUCACAAAGUUUCUCUAGUAAGAAAAUAGUUCUUAUCUAGCAUAUAAUACAUUAUUAAAUUUAUUACUAAAAAUUGUGGCACUACUCUUAAAUGUUUAUAUAGUGGCUUCUAACUCUUGUUUAAAUAUAUACUUAUAUUCUUUAAAGGUUCUAGAAAAUAAACUUGGGGAUCCUGCUCAGUUCCUAGCACCACUAAUCUGACUCGCUGUAGGUAAAUUACAGAAUAGGACAGAGUAGAUGAAAGAAUGGGUGUCGUGCUUAGCAGUCAUUGUGGCACUAUGGGGGUGACAGGACAAACACUAUCUGUGAAGUUCGUAUAGUUUAACGUGAAUCAGCACAUCCCCUAACUAGCUGAAACCGGAUAAUGCAAGCCAAUAAUUCUGCAUCUGAGAUGUGGGAUAUUCUCCCCUUCCACCUCAAAAUGGAAGUCUCUCCCUUGGUUUCAACAUGCAUUUAAGUUCAUCAAGAUAAACUGUUAUUCUUUUAGAAUUAUCUUAGUAGACUUUAAACUCAGCUGAAAUAAUAAUUACUGCAUAUGAAGAAUCUAGAAGCUCAGUUUUGCUGAUGAAGAGAUGUUUGAAUGUUAGAUGUUCUGAGGUUUCUCUGUUCUGUAGUAUGUAGGGAGAGGGCAGCUUGAGAUGGAAGAGAGUGAUGGGAAGCCUCCAGCAUGUGGCUUUCCUUGAGCUCCCUCUAGUCCUGGUUAGCAUUUCUGGCUGGCUGAAACAGGACACGGUUUUCACCCAUGGCAAUGACAUAUUUUAGGAAGGGCUUUUGUUCCUUUGAAUCGUACAGACACUUUUAGACUCAAGCCUUGAGGACUUCAAUUUGUUUUGCAUUUUCCCAACUUAGUUUCUUAAAAACACUUUGCAUAUCAAUGUUUCAUCUAUCUAGCAUUAUCAGAGAAUGAAAGAUUCCAAACAAAUGAGUUUCCAAAUUAACUAGUAUUUAUUUACCAGAAUUUUGCAACAGUCUAGUUAACAGCCAAUAAAUGUUGAACUGUUCAUGAUGGCAACAUUCCAAAAUUUUAUUUCAUGCUUCCUAAACAAAGGUUUCAAGAAUAUAAUUUCCAUAUGCUCUAGACAAUCAGAGAGUUUUUAUUUUGUACUAUGCUGUCAAAUUGUGCUAUAGAAGCAGGCUGGAGAAGGGCAAGUCUAGGAGAAUGGUGAAUGUCAGCUUCUGCUUUUGUUUUUAGUUCAGAUGGGUGAGCUAUUUUGAUAACCACAGGUACUUUAAGAAAACUAGUAGUACAUUUAAAAUUAUCUAGGCUUAAAGGAAUGAUUCUGGAAUUAAACUUAAACCCGAAUUUAUACGUAUUUAACUUGAAAAUAUGCUCCCCCUCAUUUAUAUCUAAGUCUGCCUGAAAUUCUUAGGAUCUACUAAAGCUCAAAGAGGGAAUAAACCCUCACCUUAAUUCAUUUGACAAGGUAUGCAGGGCUGCAGCUGGCUUCCCCCAGUGUGGAGGGGGAGAAGACUAGACUUGAGUUACCUCAUUCACAUGCUCUCAAUACCACAUAGGUAACGGCAGUAUUGAAAGACAGAGAAAAUGAAGAAGGCAGCUUUAAUGGGAAAAAAUGGCCCUUGCUCUCAGUAUCUGGUGCCCCUACAAAAUACAGAUGUGUUUGCACAUAGCAUGGUCUGAGUAGCACAGGGCCUUGAUACACCUUCCUUCUUCCUCAGCCUCCUUCUGCUGUGAGGAGCAGGCAUGUGCCAUCACACCCAGGUCCUCAGAGUACACACUGUCACUAGACUACCCACCAGAGAACUAAGGAAACAGGUCAGUGAGAACCUCACACCAGGGUUUGUUUUCUGUGUGUGAAUGUCAUGAAUGUUGCUCAUGGGCUGCUAGGAUCUGGACUUGUAAAUACAUACAGGGCAUUUUGAUCUGUACAACACUUAAAAAUCAGAUCUCAUGAACAUAUAUUCAAACAAAAUAAACACAGGAGACUGCUCUAAUACAGUGGCUGGUUAAGAAGAAAUAAGAAUGUGCAUAUUAAAGAAAGGCCUUUGAGAAACAAUAUUGGUAUCUAAUGUAUUACGUACCAAUAAGGAUGAUGUUGAAUUUAAGCUAGUGGUUUAAGGGUCAGCAUGAUUCUAUACUUUGCAGAUCAGUGACUAAGUGCAGAGUUCAUCCUAGCUCCCUACAGGCUGACUUGGAGGGAGGGGGGACAUGUUAUUUGCCACUCAAGACUUUCUCACAGGUAACUUAUUAUGUUUUAUGUUAUUCAAAAUAGCUGGCAAAAUUUCCAAAGGAGAUUUACAUCACUAUUUCCUUAUAGUUAGUUUUACUGUACUUCAAGAUUUAUCUAGAAAUUAUUAAUCUAAAAAUUAUUUAUCUAAAAAUUAUUCACCAAUCUGUGAUAAAAUGGUCAAGACUUCAAAACUUAAUAAUUGUAGCCAUAUUUGAAAAAAUCUUUAUAAUUACUAAUACUGAUGAACAACUCAAGCCUCUUCCUUCCAGAUGACCUCAGAGAACCAUUGGAAAGGGGCUCCCGCAUAGCUAUCAACUGUACAGGCGAAAUGACUGUGUUAGAAAGUUCUUGCUAACUUUGUAUCCCUCUGAAGAAAUCUGUCUGAAUUUUUCUAACUUAGUGUGAACCAAUUGGAAACUCCCAAUUCUUAUUCUUAGCUACAGAGCAGGGAAGUAAAGCUAUGACUUUUGUAAACAUUUUCAAGUUUAUCAGACAUGUACAAGUACAUACCAAUAUCUUCUCCUGGCUCCGACAGGCCUCCUGGAAACUUCCACAUGUUUUUCAACUACAGUGCAAAGUAAAAAUAAAAAAGGUUCAUGUCCUGACUUCCUCUCUUCCUCCCCUCUCUCCCCACUCCCACCUCGGCCACUCAGUUGGCCAAGGACGGAAGAACUAGUUUGCAUUAUGUUUAUCCCUAUUCCCCACCCCAGCUUUCUUACUGCUCCAUGUGCUCUCUUUUGAGGGAGAUGGUGAUGGAUGAAGUCUUUUCCUCUUACUCUUCAGGAAAUAGAAGUGGUGUUAUUUAGUUAAUGUGAUACGACUUGUGUUAACGAACCUUCGGAGGGAAAUAUCUAUUCAGUUGUGUACUUCACGGAACUCAGCUGCUAGUUAACUAUGAACCGAUAGGAUUUUACGGAUGCUGCUAUGAGUAAGUAGAGUACAGAAUAAAUGUAACCGCCAAGGUAUGCUACCCUAGAGUUUUACAUGCCUUUACUGUAUUUUGUUUCUAAUCACAGGUAUUACUCAAGAUUUCUGUGUGUUUACUGUUUUAUGCAAAAUGUAAUUGCUUUUUAUGGGUAGUGUGAAUAAAGUUAUUCUGGUUUCUUGGC